AUGAAGAUUACCUGGCUUAACCCCCUAAGCCGGCUGGCGACCCAGGCGACCAGCAGUAGCAGCGUCCCAUGGACUUGCUCGAGCUGCCGCAGCCAAUUGACCGCCCGCGCAAAGAGCUCGUACCGACCCUUCCAGAGGAGCUUUGGCACCCGCUCUUCGAACCAUUCGGGACAGACACCGCCCCCGAGGUCCAGGCGGAUAGUCCUCACGGCUGCUGCAACCGGUGCCGCCGGCGCCGGCGCUCUCGCAUUCACCGAUGAUAUCAAACAUGGCUACGAAGCCACGGAGCGCGCAAGUAGAGUUGCUACCACGUUAUUCAUAUGCAUCAACGAUUAUCGGACGACCCUGAACCAACGAGACUCUCUCCAAGAUCCCGAGGAACAGGACAACAUCCUGCGAGGCUGCCACAAGCGAUGCGCCGUGAGGACGCUGAAGGUCUUGGAGAAGAACGGCGGCAUCUUCAUCAAGCUCGGCCAGCACCUGAGUGCCAUGACAUACCUGCUGCCUUACGAGUGGACCAGCACCUUCAUUCCGCUGCAGGAUAAAUGCCCUGUCUCCUCCUACGAGUCGAUCGAGCAGAUGUUCCGAAACGAUACGGGUGAGGAGCUGACAGACUACUUCUCCUUUUUCUCGGAGAAGCCCCUGGGCGCCGCUUCCCUGGCCCAGGUGCACAUGGCAACAAUAAAGGAAAACGGGCAGAAGGUUGCAGUCAAAGUACAACACCCGACGCUGGCACAGUGGGCACCCCUGGAUCUGGCGCUCACCAAGUUCACUUUUUCGACACUCAAGCGCUGGUUCCCGGAAUAUGACCUCGAAUGGCUGUCGUCCGAGAUGGAGGUAUCGCUGCCACAAGAAUUGGACUUUCAACUCGAGGCCGCAAACGCUAUCAAGACGAAACAGCACUUUGCCCAGAUCCCCGAUCUGCCUUUGCUGGUCCCCGAGGUGAUAUGGGCCAAGAAGCGAAUCCUAGUCAUGGCCAACGAGUCGGGCCACCGUCUUGACGAUCUUGAUUACCUUGAUGCCAGCCAUAUUGACCGCGAUGAGGUUUCGGCGACCCUCGCUCACAUAUUCAACGAGAUGAUCUUUGGCAAGAACGCCCCCCUGCACUGCGACCCUCAUGGUGGCAACCUGGCCAUCCGCAAGACAGAGCGCAGACGGCCUGGCGGCGCCAACUUUGAGAUUAUCAUUUACGACCAUGGUCUAUACCGCGAGAUCCCCGAGUCGCUGCAGCGCAGCUAUGCCAAGAUGUGGUUGGCCGUGAUUGACGGCGACAUGGGCCGCAUGAAGAAGUAUUCGCACGAGGUCGCUGGUAUCACCGAGGAGCAGUUCCCGUUGUUCGCCAGCGCCAUCACGGGCCGCGACUACACUGUUGUCUCGUCCUCGAUCAUGCAGUCUCGCUCCGACGACGAGAAGAAGACGAUGGGCAAUGCUCUACAGGAGGGUCUGCUUUCGGACCUCGUACAGAUGCUUGGCCAGGUGCCUCGGAUUAUUCUCCUGAUCCUGAAGACCAACGAUCUGACGAGAAGCCUGGACGAAAACCUACAUACUCGCCAGGGCCCCAUGCGUAACUUCAUGAUCCUGGCGAGGUACUGUGCGAAGACGGUGUUCAGGGAGCAGGUGGAGGAGAUUCGAGGCAGGGAAGGCGGACUGUGGUGGCCUGGUAAUGCCCUCAGACUCACAGCUGCAUGGUUAGGGUUCCUCAGGGUGGAACUGAAGCUGGAGGCGUUCGAACUAUGGCUAACCGUGAAGAGACUGGUCGGGAUCAAGACCCAGUUCGCGGGAAGCCCCAUCGCGGCAUAA